AUGGCCGGAGGAGGUGCAACGGUGUGCGUGACCGGAGCCGGCGGGUUCAUCGCCUCGUGGCUUGUGAAGCUCCUGCUCUCCCGCGGCUACACCGUGCACGGCACCGUCCGCGACCUCAGUGACGAGAAGACAAGCCAUCUGAAGCGCCUCGAGAAUGCUGCCGGAAACCUCAGGAUUUUCAAGGCUGAUCUGCUGGACUACGAUGCGAUGGCAGUUGCGGUCGUCGGGUGCCAGGGAGUUUUCCAUGUCGCCACUCCAGUGCCUUCAGAGAACCUGACUGACCCAGAGCUACAAAUGAUGGGUCCUGCUGUCACUGGCACAACAAAUGUGCUCAAGGCUGCCUCUGCCGCGAAUGUCCGGCGAGUGGUGGUUGUGUCAUCCAUAGUUGCCGUUGAGAUCAGCCCGAAAGAUUGGCCUGAAGGUAAGAUCCGAGAUGAGAGCUGCUGGUCAGACAAAGAAUUCUGCAGGAGCAUUGAGAGCUGGUACCCGGUCGCCAAGAUCCUCUCAGAAGAGGCGGCGCUCGCAUACGGGCGGCAAACUAGGCUCGACGUGGUGACUAUCAAUCCAGGGUUGGUGUUCGGCCCCCUGCUACAGCCGACGGUUAACACAAGCAUCCAGUUCCUCAUCUACUUCCUCAAAGGAGGAACCGACCUGGUGAGGAACAAGCUCUGGCACAUCGUCGAUGUCCGUGACCUCGCCGACGCGCUGCUGCUGCUCUACGAGGUGCCUGAAGCAGCCGGCAGGCACAUCUGCGCGCCUCAUGUUAUCAGUGCUCGCGACCUGCUGGACUUGCUGAAGAGCAUGUACCCUGAGUACCCUUUCAUUACCAAGGAGGGCAUAUGUGAUAGAGAUCACCCAGCACCGAUGACUUCUGACAAGCUAAAGAAGAUCGGGUGGAGCUGCCGGCCGCUGGAGGAGACGAUCCUGGACACAGUCGAGUGCUGCCAGCGGGCUGGGUUUCUUGACGAUGUGGCUGGGGAGACUCCCUGUCGUUUCCCUCCUAUUUUCAACAAAAUUUAG